GAGCCCACGCGUCCGUAUGUGUGUGUCUCUGUAAAUAUGUAACUGUGUGUGCGCAUAUACGCACACAGAUGCUCCACGUGACUCUGCUGUACAGCUAGGGUUUCCUGAAAAAGGAACUUCAAAACAUUAGCUCAUGAAGUCCUCGCAGGCCAAACGGAGACAGGGGUGGUAGCAUGAUACUCCAUUUUGCGCUGAACCAUCGAGGUAACAACAAACACGUUAGGGCAUAGUACGUUCCGGAUCCCAUUCUAAGCACCCUACACUAUUAACCGUUCAGCCUUCACCACGACCCUGUGAGGUAAAGGACUGUUCAUUUCUGCCCUCGUUGGACAGAUGAGGAAACGAAGAGGUGAAGUAAAUUGUUCAAGGUCACACACAGUGGGAGGUGGAGAAGCUGGAUGGAAACCUAAGUAUUCUACCCAGAGUCCCUGCCUUAACCACUCUGCUGCCCACAUGUGUGGCUUGAACUUGGAGACGAUCUUCCCUGCUGCACAGGUGUGCAUUGGGAUCAUUGUGAUACUGAUCAUACACAACUAUUGGUUCCUCUAUGUCCCUUAUAUGACAUGGCUUUACUUUGACUGGCGUACCCCAGAGCAGGGGGGCAGGAGAUCCAACUGGGUCAGAAGCUGGACCGUGUGGAGGUAUUUUAAGGACUAUUUUCCAAUUCAUCUCAUCAAAACUUGGGAUUUGGAUCCAAGUCACAACUACAUAUUUGGGUUUCAUCCCCAUGGAGUGCUCGUUGCUGGAGCCUUUGGAAAUUUUUGUACGAAUUAUUCGGACUUCGAACAGCUGUUUCCUGGAUUCACUGCAUAUCUCCACGUGCUCCCAUUUUGGUUCCGGUGUCCUCUCUUUCGAGAAUAUCUGAUGAGUAGUGGGCCAGUCUCAGUUUCUAAGAAGAGUGUGUCCCAUGUGCUGAGCAAGGAGGGAGGUGGAAACAUUUCAGUCAUAGUUCUUGGGGGCGCAGAAGAAUCGCUGGAUGCCCAUCCUGGAAAAUUCACUCUGUUCAUCCGCCAGCGGAAAGGAUUUGUUAAAAUUGCUUUGACCCAUGGCGCCUCCUUGGUCCCAGUGUUUUCUUUUGGAGAAAAUGAGCUGUUUAAACAAGUUAACAACCCUGAAGGCUCAUGGCUUCGAACCGUGCAAGAGAGGCUACAGAAGAUCAUGGGGUUUGCUUUGCCUCUUUUCCAUGCCAGAGGGAUUUUUCAAUACAAUUUUGGCCUGAUGCCAUACAGGAAACCGAUCCACACUGUUGUUGGCCGUCCAAUCCCCGUUCAUCAGACUCUGCACCCAACCACGGAACAGAUUGAGGAGUUACAUCACACCUAUAUGGAGGAGCUAAAGAAAUUAUUUGAGGCGCACAAGAGGAAAUAUGGUAUUCCAGAGCACGAAACUCUCAUUUUUAAAUAACUGUACGCUUAGAAGGCACACCAGAGGAUGCGAGAACAUCCCAUUGGAGAAUACAUAUUUUAAAUAAGGAUGUUCUUCUUUGACUAUGGAGUCCAAUGUGCAACUGGAAAAUAUUCUUUAUGGUGACAGAUGUUGGUGAGUGUCCAUGGGCAAUAAAAAUACAGCAGGUGACUACAGGAGAAGGGUGGAGAAGACUAUAACCCUUCUAAUCAUCCUCCUCGUUUAGGAAGGGCCAGUCAUUUUGCAGGUGAAGAAAAGGUUUAGAAUUAUUCAUGUGCUCAAGAAAAAAAAUAUGACAGCUUCAAAAAACAAUUAGACCCUUUUACUAAACAUCACAAUAAUUUAAGGUAGUGUUUUCACUAAGUAUGACAGCUGUUGUUUACCGCAGCUGGAGCAGUUAGGAGACCAUGUGUGAAAUAAUUUUCCAUACAGAGCUAGAGGAGAUCUUUUUUUUUUUUUUUCUGCUUGAACAGACCAUUUUUGGGUGAAUAAUGUUACUUUUCAGGCUUAGAUAAUUUGAUCCCUUUAGGUCAUGUCAACCAACACAUUCUUAUACAAUAGUGCAGAAUUUUUAUGCGGUGGGUGAGAGCGUGUCUCUUUAUUUCUAUUCAUGCUCGGAAACAUUCAUGCUUGUCAUUUGCUUCGAAGCAUGUGCAUUUGCUCUGGACAAGGAGGUCUUUUGGGACACAUGCUUUACAGAACAUUGAAAUUCCGAAAGGUUUUCGUGGUCGUAGAAAUGAUUUGAAUUCUCUUCCCAAAUAGCCUCUUUGAGGAAGACCAGCUAUGAAAGAAAGCGCCCUCUCUGGUUGUCGUGUGUCCAGUUACAACCGUCUGGUCCGGAAGAGAGGCAACCCCGUGCCUCCUAUUCACUGAUACCUCCCUAGUGCCUGGGCCGGGCACAAAAUAAGUACUUGUUUAGUGAAUAUAUUUACGGAUGAGCCCACAAAGGUGAAGAGUUUUUAAAGCUGCACCGUAGGAUGAACGUAUUUUAAGAAAAGACCCAGUUUCAGAAGGAGAGAAUGUGCGGGGUCUGAUUGUCUCAUGCCAGUAACAGACGAGACCGCAGGCUAGCUUAUAAGAUGCAAGUGAAAAGGAGGUUUCUGAUCAUUAGGCACUAAAAGUUAAGUAAAGUAUUCGGUAAAUAAAUGAGAAGAAUGUCUAGUUUCCAAAUGAUCUCCGUUGCUAUAUGUUGCUUCUUUACCCCUUGUGCUCUGGGUAUUUGGGGGCAACUUCUUGGAGUUGUUCUAACUUACUAGUAAUAUAUCUUCAGGCCUCUAAUUUUUCAAACAUGAAGCCUGGGCUGGAGCCUGGACUGAGUUCAGCAUCAGCCAAACAAAAUCAUGCUGGGUAAUGUCUUGACUAGGAAAGCAUUUCACACAGGAAAAAAUGAACAUGCCUCUGGCUUCAUACUGGUUGAACAAUCCAGGAGUCCACUGACCCAUGGCCUUGAAAUUAGAUCAAUUUUUUGUCAAAGCAGGGAAUAGGGCACAACCUAUUUUUAACAGAUGCACCAAACUCGACUAUAAAUCCUUUUUGGUAUUACUCGACACCAACAAAGUAUAAAAGGAGCACCAUUUACAGAAAAUGACACCCCAGCUGGUCAUGGGUCGGUCUUUCAGAAUGCCAUGACGACUAGAGACCUUUAUUAUAAAGUCUGUGAAUUUCGUCCCUUUAGAGAAGUUCAUUAAAGUCUCUGUGAUUUCACAAAACUAUGACUUUUAAUCUCAUACUUGGUCCUGGGAGGCCAAGCUGACCCUGACAUCAGCUGGAUCAUACAAUAAA